AUGGCAGUAAGAUUUGCCACAGGAUGGAGACGGUUCUUCCCAUUACUGGGCUAUCACCAUGUUCUCAUGAUCUUCAUAGCCAUCGCAAUUGUGUUGUUAUCACUCCUCCUGGCAGGCUGCUCAUCAACUUCACCCGGCAUCCCAGACAUCUUCCUCAUAUCGCUCUACUACCAAGAAUACCCCCCCGUCUUCGACCCCGCCCAGGUGCAACCAGGCGUCACCACAGCAAUCUCCAACAUCGUCGGCUCGGCCCAACUCGAAGUCAGGGUGGGAUACUUCGGCAUCUGCAUCCAGCCGGACAACGGCGCCUUCCUCUGCAAUCAGAACGCGUCCGCUCUCGCCGACCUGGUCCGAGUGGACCAGGAUCCGCUGAACCUGAUCUGGGUGGCGUCAACCUUCAAAGACAGCAUCGUCUUUCCGUACUUAAUAAUCGUCGCCAUCAUCCUCGCAUUCCUGACCUUCCUCCUCCUCGCCACCUUCCCCGGCUGGCACACCGAAUCCGACGGCGGGUCCGAGACCGAAGUGAAACCCUUCCCCUCGCGACCCGUCAGCCAGGUCGCGCUCGCCACCAUCUUCAUCGCCUCGGUCUUCGUGCUGGUCAGCAUCAUGUGGCAGCACACGGCGGCGGUGGCGGCGUCGACCAUCGUCCAGGACCUGGGCAACGGCAGCGUGCGGAGUGGCGUCGGCACCACCGCCAUGAUCCUCGGCUGGUUUGGCUUUGGUUUGCUCGUCAUCGUCACGCUGGGCCUGUUGGUCAUGAUUCUCAGUAUUCAAUUGCUGGACCGCUUGACGGAUGAUGACUGA